GACCCUUACCCCGGCGGCCUCUCCCUCCGCGCCCCACCCUCCUCCUGCCCCGCCCCCGCGACCCCGGGCCCGGACGAUGAUGAAGUUCAAGUCGAACCAGACGCGGACCUACGACGGUGACGGCUACAAGAAGCGGGCCGCGUGUCUGUGCUUCCGCAACGAGAGCGAGGAGGAGGUGCUGCUGGUGAGCAGUAGUCGUCAUCCAGACAAAUGGAUUGUCCCUGGAGGAGGCAUGGAGCCUGAAGAGGAGCCAGGUGUGGCUGCUGUUCGGGAAGUGUGUGAAGAGGCUGGAGUGAAAGGGACAUUGGGAAGAUUGGUAGGCAUUUUCGAAAACCAGGAAAGGAAGCACAGAACAUAUGUCUAUGUGCUUAUUGUCACAGAAGUGUUGGAAGACUGGGAGGACUCAGUCAAUAUUGGAAGGAAAAGGGAUUGGUUUAAAAUAGAAGAUGCCAUAAAAGUGCUGCAGCAUCACAAACCCGUGCAGGCCUCCUACUUUGAGACCUUGAGGCAAGGCUGCCUGGCAAACAACGGCACCCUGGUUAUGGGCACUACAUACUCGGUUACCAGUCAGAGCUCGGUGCCAGACAUUAGAUGACUGAAGACAUCCUCCCAAGAAAAACAGGAAUUGGAAAAUAGACUGAAAUCCAGAUCUCCUUCCCUCUCCCUGAUUCUCUUUGCCCCUUCUCUUCACAUGCCUCCUCUUUCAAACAAGGCAUGGGCAGCAGCCUAAGACAGAGGAAGUAUUCUUUGAUAAUGUUGCUGUUUGGUAUGAAGUGGAGCUUUUUUUCUUUUUCUAAAAAAAAUCCUCUUUGGGGGGCUGAGGGUGGGAUGGGUAUGUAUUUUGUAAAGUAUAUUUUGUGCAUGAUGUGUUUUUCCCCUUAGCACCACCUCUACCCUCUGAUGAGAGCUGGGCAGCUUCUCCUCUGCUUUGCACUCUGAAGCGUUCUUAUCUGUCCAAUUCCUAUCCUGGCCAGACAUUUCCCUCUUUUUUAAACUAAAAGAUACUAAUGCAAGACCAUCUCUUCCAGGAGUCUGUCCUGUAAUGUACUGUUCAGACCGGCAGGUUGGUCAUGGUCAGUGCAUGAUGCAUUUAUAUACACAUUAUAUAAUUGACAUAUAAUAUGUAAAUAAAUGGUUGGAGAAGGACACGUUUAAGAGUCUAAUUUUGCAGAGUUUCUUUCAGUUGGAGUGCUUCAGAAGAGAAGAGAGUUUCUUAAGUAACCUGCCUAGUAGGGUUAAUCUUUUAUUUUUUUUUGACAGUCCUAGGCCAGUUUCCCUGUUCAUUCUUCAACUUCCCCACCCUUGGUCAUUUGCUGUGAUGACCUGGGUGAGGAAAGAGUUGAAGACUUUCAGACUGCCCCUGGUGCUUAUGGCCUUCCAUCUUCUCAGUUGGUGUUGCUACUGUCAGAAGAAAACAUGAAGAACACUUUACUUCUUUUUAUAUCCCAGGCAGGAGGAGCAAGUCACCCCAGUCUAGAUCCAGUGAAAAAGUGAUAGAAUUGAAUCUCAGCCUGCCCUGAUGACAGUGGGGAUUUGAACUGGAGCUCUUGGGAUUAGAAUCUAUAAAGACCAGGAAUAGCCAACACCAAUUCUAUCCUGCCAGUUUGAAGUUCUUUCCACAGCCCUGUUUGUAGCUGAUGAACUCUCUCUCUUUGUCCAUAUGCCUUAUCGUGCUGAACUGGAUAUCGUAUUUGUGCUAAAGCAUCUGACUGUGCUUCCCCCAGAGUAGCCGCACGUGUUCCUCCUCUUCUGUGCUAGGACAACCAUAUUGUGUCCCCAAAAAGAAGCAUGUGAAGGGAACAUUCAUGUGCUCACUAUCGUGCUUAUGGUGUAGCAGCACUUAUAAUUUUACCAUGGAGCAUGCUCAGAAUAUUGUUUCCUGCUGUGGAUAUGAAAGGUACAACUUCUGCCCAGAAGUACUAGUGUAGAGGACUCUUAAUCAUUUAUUAGAAUAGCUACAUAAUGUAUUGGCACACUUUAAACUCUUUUAUUGGUUUAUUGAUGUUUCAUACUGUCAGUCUUUAUUUGCCAACUGUGUUUAGUUGGGAAAUAAAAAGGAAAUGGUUGUGAGUUUGUGGGAUGGGCGGGGGCAGGGCAUUAGUUAAUCCCUGGCUUGGGACAAGAGGUUGUUGCUGGGUUCUUAGUAGCAUCUCCUUUGUCAAAACAUAGCCAAGAUGUGAAAUUAAAUCUGCAGUACUCUUUUAUUUAAUAAUUCUAAUAAAUAUUUAGACUUUCAAAAAGGGUUUUUUCUUCCGUCCCACUAAAAGAGGAACAAAUAAGUCUGGUAGACCUAUCAAUUUAGUGUCUGACUGGAAAAGAAGGUAGCCAAUUUUAGAAGCUUGCAGACAGGAAGAUCACAGCAAAGCAAAGCUUUGGAACUACAGGGCCAAGAAGCAAUACAAGCAUUUUUGUCAGAAUACACUAAUCCCAUACUAAUAAAGUAGUUUUUAUAUCCAUGG